AUGCGAACUCGAUCGAGUCGAACAACUGAAGACUUGGUCGAGCUAGAUUUCACCACGGGUAGAAAGAGAAGUCUAAGAACUCAGAGGGUACAAGCAGAACCAGAGGUGGUUGUUACUGAAACCUUGGAUGUACCAGAGGGUAAUGGAAUCCGUUUGGGAAAUGGACUCGGUCGAGCUAGGCAACCUCGACCGAUUGGUCUAGGAGAUGCUCCAAACCGCCAUCAACAAAGACAAGGGUUUGUCCCACAUCCUGUCCAGAACCAGGUUCGGAAAGCCACGCACCGCGUUCGACCGAGAAACAUCAGCCAACCCUUCACUCGGCCGACCACGAAUCCGUCCGGCCACGACCGUUCCGAUCGUACUAAGAGCGGCCAUGACCCGAUUGUCCGGCCGAUCGUCCCGACCGACCGUCCGAACGCCGCGGUCGACCCAAAGCCCGUUUUGAAGCCCGUUUCACGUAUUUUCACGGCCCGGCUUAACCCUAAGCCGCCUCUGAAGACCUAG